AUGGAAGGAACUGGAGGCAGCAGUGCCUCUGCUGCUGCUGUGCAACCUGUGAAUCAACGGUUGCAGGAAUUUUCGAAGCUAUUUCAAUAUUAUUUGGAUAAAUCUACGCCACACUCUAUGUAUAGAUGGAUUGGGACUUUUGUAAUUGCAUCUAUAUACCUUUUGAGGGUUUUUUAUAUUCAAGGAUUUUACAUUGUGUCUUAUGGACUGGGGAUCUAUAUGCUGAAUCUGUUGAUUAGGUUUCUGUCACCUUUGGUUGAUCCUGAGAUGGAGCCUUCUGAUGGACCUUUGCUACCUACUAAAGGGUCUGAUGAGUUCAAACCGUUCAUUCGCCGCCUUCCUGAGUUUAAGUUUUGGUAA